AUGAAUUUAUAGAUAUAAUCAGAGAAAUGUCUGUUUUCUAACAAAAAUAGACAUUAAUUUGGUCCAACACCUUAAGCUGUAAAAAUAAAUAACAAAAGAUUAAAAAGAGAAUGUAAGAGUGUUAUGGAAGUCUCUUUUAAAAAGAAUGAUUAAGUGAUAAUAGUUGAAAAUUGGAAAAAAUACAAUGAAGACGUGAGUAAUCUUGAGCAACCUUAACCUCCUACAAAAAAGUUUAAAGAAACUAGCUGUGCUGGUUGUUAUAUUUUCUGA